CCAAGCCCCGCCCACACAAGUCUGCGUAAGAGCAAGUUCUGGCUGUUACCUGAGGGUUUUAACCAGUUUGGUGCCGAGGUGGAGGCAGCAGGCGGAGCCUGGGUUCUCCGGGCAGGUCUAUGCUCUGCUGUCAGUGUAUUUUAGAGUGACGGAGAUAAGGCUCUGCUUUUCCUGUGGGGCUGAAAUCCAGCUAUGUGAGCGCCACUUCCCCUUCUGCUCUGCUCGCCGGCUUUACCACUGGCAGGGUCUCCGCCGAAAUGGCUCCUGCUAAGUCAGUGCUCAGCCUAGCCACCUUCUCGUUUGGGAUCGCUAUCGGCUUCAUCUUCAGCUACGUGAUCUUCAGCAUAGUGUUUGAGGGACAGGACUCGCCGCAAGGGAAGCCCGAAGUGCUACAUAACGACCCCCACGGCAGGCACUCGGAUGAUGCCCCGGCUGGGCCGCCUCUUCAGGGGCAGAUGGACUUCAACGCGGACGCGCAGCAGCACCAUGAUGAGGAUACUCAUGUGGCUGAUGAUCUUUAUAGCAAAGUGAAAAUCUUGUGUUGGGUAAUGACAGGCCCUCAGAACCUGGACAAGAAGACCAAGCAUGUUAAAGCCACCUGGGCCCAAAGGUGCAACAAAGUGUUAUACAUGAGCUCGGAAGAGAACAAAGAGUUCCCCACUGUGGGCUUAGAUACAAAGGAGGGCAGAGACCAGCUCUAUUGGAAAACCAUUAAAGCCUUUCAGUAUGUACACGACCAUCAUCUGGAGGAAGCUGACUGGUUCAUGAAAGCAGAUGAUGAUACAUACGUGGUGUUAGAUAACCUAAGAUGGCUUUUAUCCAAGCACGAUCCCAAUGACCCGGUUUACUUUGGGAGACGCUUUAAACCCUACGUGAAACAAGGGUACAUGAGUGGGGGGGCAGGUUAUGUGUUGAGUAAAGAGGCCUUGAAAAGGUUUGUAAAUGCAUUCAAGGAAGAAAAAUGUACUCAUAGUUCUUCUGUGGAAGAUCUGGCUUUAGGGAAAUGUAUGGAAAAUAUUAAUGUCAAAGCUGGUGAUUCCAGAGAUACCAGUGGAAAAGAGACAUUCCAUCCAUUUGUACCAGAGCAUCACCUGAUCCACGGCUACUUGCCCAAGACUUUUUGGUACUGGAAUUACAACUAUUAUCCUGCAGUGGAGGGCCCGGGAUGCUGCUCUGACCUUGCAGUUUCUUUCCACUAUGUAGAUUCUACAACUAUGUAUCAGUUGGAAUAUCUGGUCCAUCACCUGCGCCCAUACGGAUACAAACACAGGUACAGUCCGGACUCCACAGCGAAGACUAUGAAGGACGACACUGAUAAAACUAAAGAUGGCAAGGCAGUGGCAUGAGAUACUAAGCACACUUCCUUGGGCACUGACUUUUUAUGAUUAUUAUAGGGCAUGGAACCACAGUGGACGAUAUAAAGUGCUUAUGUAAAAUCUUCUACAUCCUCCAUCUUUUGUUCUCUGAAUGAUCACAUUAAGUCUUCACAGAGAAUGCAUUACAAGCAAGAGAUCAUGUAAUGGCAUGCAUUCCCCCUGGGAAAAGCGGAUCUGAUUUGCACUUGAGGAAGAUGGUAUAUUAAUGUGUUAUUAUGUUUCUCCGUUUGCUACCUCCUGCUAGCGAGCACUGCCGCAGCACAGUCACAUGCAUAGUUGGGCCCAUAGGAACUGGGUCAAUAUAGUGAAUACCGUUGCAAACACAUCCCAGCACCAGACAAAGAAAUUUACUUAUAUAUGUGUCCUGGAUAUAGCACCAUUGGAAGUGAAUUCCUAUUGAGUCCAGAGGGUUAGAGUAAGUCCAAGUAUGUGAAGAAGGGGCUCUAAGCAAUGAAGGAAGCUUGCAGCCCCAAGUUAGGGGACUUUGUAAAUCCAGCUGUUGUAGUUUGCCAAGGGCUGUAGGUUGCACAACCCCAAAAAAUAAAAUACAAGGGGACAUAGGAGGUGUCGGGAGCUCCAUGGCAUGGGGAGGUCAAAGAGACAGGAAUCAUGGGCCAUAGAGCAGGUGGGAAUUAUGGGGGAUGGAUGGAUUGUGAUCAUUAGGGUUCAUUGUCAGGUGUGGAAUUUAACCUGCCUCUCUGUAUGUAUGGAUCCCACACAGUCUCCUUUCCUGUGGCGGUUUGCAUGGGCUCUUUUAGAUCCCUCUGGGUAAAUGCAGCUGACCAGUGUCCAUUUCAGCCUCUCUUUGCAGUCUUCGAGCACCUAUACUGUACAUUCUUCAUGGCAUCCAACCAUGAGCCCCUGAGGGCUAAAACUCUGGAAUAAACCAUGCAGGUGAACCUGGCCAAGGAAGCAUAUGUGAUGUGCUGGCUUAAUACUAAGCAGCUCAGAAGUCCUCAGCCAUUGGCUGUUAGGUGAUGUUGUGAAUUUUAAGGCACUUUGGGAGCCACAGGUUCAGUAUUUCAUCUCAAGAAUUAUUCUGUGUAUUUCCUUUGGUGUUCAUGCUUUGCACCUAACCCUGUUAGAUCCAUUAUCCUUUGCUGGUGGUUAAACAAUAGAUACACAAGUUUAAUUUAUUUCAGAUGCUAUCUCUGUAUUUAUUAUGUGUAGUGCCUGGAAAUAUUAUUGAUGUCUUGCUAACACAGAUGGGCAUUUUUAAAUAGUGAGAACUUUCUAUAGAACUUUGAUUGCUGCAAUAUUCAGAUCUCACUGCCUUUUCCAUUUAUGUGCUAUGAUCACUCUGAUGCUACUCGUUAUAAGUUGUUUCCUUUUGUCCUUUAUUAGCUUUCAGCUGGCAGUAAGGUCGUUGCCAGUUAGCAUGUAUCUUGCAUAUGGGAAUGUAUAGAGCUGGGCAGAAAUGCCUCCAAAAGUAUUUUAAUCCGUUUAUGCUAAAGAUGCCAGCAGUGAUCUAGAACACAGUUACACCAUCUGUGGUCCUUCAGGUAGUGUUCAACUUUAUAGGCCUCAUU